CUAAUUUAAAAAUGGCCGCUGUGGCUAUGGCAUAAGCAGGCAUAAGUCAGUGGUGUAUUGUGCGCGUUAACAGUGGCUGUUUUGUUGUAUCUCAGUGUUCCCGUGGUGUUCGGUUAUUUUAAAGUGUAAUUACCUAUCACGUUUAUAAUAAUCAUUGUUUCGCGUGUUCUAAAAAAACUUUAAAGCUGAUUAAAAUGGGCCGCUCCAGAUCAAGGACUAAAUCUCCAAGUAGGAGGCGUCACAAAAGCAAACACUCGAGAAAACGUUCCAAAUCGCGAGAGAAGCAUUCUAACAAUAAAUACUCCGAGAAGCCAAAAGAGCGCAGUUCUAAGUCAAGGAAACGGUCCCAUUCUGCAUCUUCUAGUUCAGGCUCGGAUGUUUCAGACGAUGUGCACAUUGUCAGUCACAAGAAACGUUCGUAUAGAGACAGGGAUCGCAAAAUGGAUGAGGUAGAAAGAUUAGCUGAAAUGGAACGGCAAAGGAAAAAGAAAGAAUUAUCGAACAAAAUCUUCACCACGAGCGCAGUUGGACGACAACGUGAAGUGGAGCAAAAGAUGGUCGAAGAGGAGGCUGCCAAGCGUAUUGAGGAGCUAGUGCAGAAGAGGGUGGAAGAAGAGCUAGAAAAGCGUAAGGAGGAAAUAGAAGCUGAAGUACAAAGGAGGGUAGAAGAAGCGAAAAGGGCUAUGGAGCGUCAAAUGAUGGAGGAAAUGGAAUGGAGACAAGCAAAACUUCGUGAGGAGGAAAAACGAAGAGAGGAGGAAGAGCGGAAGAAGCGCGAGGAACUAGAGAGGAUCGUGGAGGAGAACAACAGAAAAAUAGAAGAAGCCCAGAAGAAAUUGGCUGAGGAAAGAUUGGCCAUGGUCGAACAACAACGUUUGAUGGAAGAAGAGAGGCAAAGAAUGAGGAAAGAACAUGAAAAACGCGUGAAAGAGGAGCAAAAGAAAAUUCUCGGGAAGAACAACUCGAGGCCUAAAUUGUCCUUUACGCUAAAACCAGUUACGUGAGUUUGUCUCAUUUCGUGCAGUUUUACAUGUGAUAUUUCUAUAUCUUGUCGAUUUUUUGGAAUCGUUUGUAUUCCGUAAGAACAAUCGUCGUAUGCUGCGCCGUACGUAGGUACAGAAACAAUGCAGCAACAAGAUCCAAAGCUCGCCUGAAUGUAUUUGCGAUGGUGGUCGAAAUCCGGUAAUGACGAUUCGUUUUAUUCGAUUAUGAUGAUCGUGUGUACGUCCGAAUUGAAUAAUCGUUUCUAUGCUUGCCAGACUUCGGGCUCCGAUACAGGUGGGAUCUUAACUUUUUAGAGACUACACCGACAUCGACGCAGACAAGCAUUUUCUUACGCGGAAAUGUAAUAGAAUCGUGUACUCUUAUAUCUAUCGUACUACAUGUUGUAAAUUUUUUUUACGUGCUACGUUAUUAAUAAUCUCUGCCAAUUCGCUUGAUCUGCUCGAUGAAAGUGUAGUCCAGCCUAGUUGGUGUGUUCUACAAAUUGCAAAUGCAGUUUAUAUGAUGCCGUUUCACUGUAAUUAUUCAGAAAACAAUAAUUUCAUUUCAGUUAGCCAUAUUAACGAAACAUGACUGUCGUAUUAAAUUCACGGUUCAAAUUUUACGGCGGUCGAUAAUUCUGAUACGGUCGUAUCGUUAACGCGAUCGAAUAGAUUUUGUAAUUAAAGCCACGAAAGCAUACAUGAAUUUUCUACGUGAAUUGACGAUCAUGUGCAUCUGCAACACGUAACCGUACGAACCUGUUUCGUGCAAGCAAUAAUAAAAGGAGAACUAGUGUCUUUUUAGUACGUUGUGCUAUACUUGUUCCGGAUCGCGUACAUCGCUAGGUUUCAAUGCGGAAUUCGUUCUGCCAAAAGAAAACUGAAUGAGAAUGUUCUUUUUUAAUCAAAAUUAAAAUAAGAAGUAACGCCGACAAAAAAAAAGACAAACGACAUGUUGAAUGGAUCAUUUUGUACGUGUAGAGACGUAUUAAUGCAACCAUGACCAAGUGUCUUGUACGCAAUCGUGCAUAGAUGUGUAUUAAUACCAUAAAAACAAACCAUCUGUUCAUAUAGGAUUGUAUACCCACGCAACAUUGUUACUUGUAAAAUAAACACGUUUUUAUUAAA